AUGGCGCCCGUUAUUCACCUUAGAUCCGAGACCAAGCCCUUUGAGAGGCGCUCUCCCUUGUCUCCUCAGACUGCCAAGGCUCUCAUUGACGCUGGCUACACCUUGCGGGUGGAAGAGUCGCCCGAUCGCAUCUACAAGGAUGACGAAUUCAAGAACGUCGGCGCCGAGAUUAUCCCGGCCGGGUCAUGGACUAAGGCACCGCUGGAGCACAUCAUUCUGGGCUUGAAGGAACUGCCCACAGACGGCUCGCCUCUGCCACACAGCUAUAUCCACUUCCACCACUGCUUCAAGAAGCAGGAUGGAUGGGCCACCGAGCUGUCCCGCUUCGCUAAGGGCAACGGCAUCCUCUACGACCUUGAAUUCCUCAUCAACGAAAAGGGCCAGCGCGUGGCCGCUUUUGGCUGGAGCGCUGGCUACGCUGGCACGGCCCUCGCCCUGCUGUCCUGGUCGCACCAGCUGCUGCACCCCGGCGUCGCGCAGCCUCCUGUCCCGGCCUUUGACUCGGCCUCGGACCUGAUGGCGCUCGUCCGCUCGUCCAUUGCCGAGGCGCUGCCGCUCAACAAGAACGAGUACCCGCGCCUCAUGAUCAUCGGCGCGCUGGGCCGCUGCGGCAACGGUGCCGCCGCCGCGUGCGACGCCGCCGGCAUCCCCGCCGAGUCUCUCAUCAAGUGGGAUCUGCCCGAGACCGCCAAGGGCGGGCCCUUUCCCGAAAUCACCGCGGCCGACAUCCUCGUCAACUGCGUGUACCUGGGCGCCCACCGCGUCCCGCCCUUUACCACGCUCGAGACGCUGUCGACGCCCGAGAGGCGCCUCCGCGUCAUCUGCGACGUCAGCUGCGACCCCAACAGCGAGAACAACCCGAUUCCCGUCUACUCGGGCUACAGCUCCUUUGACAGCCCCACCGUCGCGCCCACGGCCAAGCUCGAGGGCCCGGAGCUGCGCAUCAUUGCGAUUGACCAUCUGCCAACCAUGAUUGCCCGCGAGGCUAGCGACGAGUACUCUGGCCUGCUCCUCCCUAGUCUUCUGGAGCUCAAGGAUCGCCAAACUGCUGGCGUGUGGACCCGCGCAGAAAAGACAUUCCGAGACCGUGUUGCAGAGCUGCCUUAG